AUGGUGCUUCUGGCUGAGACCAGACUUACAACCAGUCACAGGAUCCAAGUCCCCUCAGCUCUUCAGAGAAGCAGAGGAGCAGAUUCCGGGGAAACUGUCCAGCUGGUCGUCUCUGUGAUCAACAGCACUCUUUUUCAGCAAAAACCUGCGGGAAAAGGAAGGAGCAGGAUUCCCCAGCAGCCCGUCAGCAGCCAGGAAACUGUUUUAAACGGGAUGGUCCUGUUUUUAAAGGCUGGAACCCAGCCAGUCAGCAACCUUCCUGAGCCGGUCAAGCUAAUCUUCAGCCACAAUAAAACGGAGAACGGACGCUGCGUGUUUUGGCAGGAGCCAAAUGGUGCAGAUAAAACAGGCCGGUGGUGCACCGAAGUAUGUGAAACCACCAAAACUGCAGAGGAAUUUAUCUGCAGCUGUAAUCAUCUGAGCUUUUUUGCAGUGCUUGUGAAUCCAAUCUUGAAGGUGGAUGCAAGCAGCGCUGAGACCCUCGGUUACAUCAGCUACGUCGGCUCAGCGCUCUCUGCCUUCUUUGCAUUCUGCAGCCUGUUCAUCUAUGUUCAUUUGUAUCGGCGGAGGCCCGAGAAGGCCCUCGGCAUCCACAUGCAGCUGACUGGGGCAUUGCUGUGCCUCCACCUCGGCUUCCUGAGUUCAAGUUUUUUGGUUCAUCUGCUUAAAGAGGAUCAGGGCGGCUGGGUUUGUCGAGGUCUGGGUCUCUUCCUGCACUGGUCUCUGCUGGCUACGUUUACCUGGAUUGCCCUGGAAGGAUUCCACCUUUAUCUCCUCCUCAUUAGAGUCUUUAACAUCUAUGUCAGUAGAUACCUGCUAAAGCUCUCCAUAGUGGGAUGGGGCUUUCCUACACUUGUUGCAGUGAUUUGUGGGAGUUUAGGUGUUUAUGGCAGAUACACUAUGGAAAUAAGGGAUUCCAAUAACAACACAUCACCAUCACAAAUGUAAGAAACUACCACAGUUUACAUGUGCAACCAAGAUUCACUGAAACACCCCGAUGACCUCAGUUUCAUUGUUUUGUUAAUUCUCACUGAGCAGAUGCUGGAUGAGCAGCGAGU